AUGCGCGGCCUUGUCAGUCUUUCGCAUCUCAUCCUCACCAUCAUGCUGUCAACUUGGAUCUGGAAACUGAGAUCAGAGGUCGGCGAACUUUCCUCCAAGCUUUCCUCCAACACAGCACCCGUCAACAUCACCGUGCCAUCAGAAGCAGCGGCGACGGCCGUUACGACUGAGGACAACUCCAUUUCCAUCGGCAUGUGGAGAUGGCCGGCGUCGUCCAAGACAUGCACCGAUGACGAGUGCAGAGAAACCGGCGGGCUGCCCGCUAGGAUGAACCUCGACGAUAUAUACAAAAGGGGAUCAGGCGUCAUUGAGAGGGCUCAGGGCGAUUGGGAGGUCUACAACCACUAUUUCAAAAUCUAUCUGCGGCAGGAGGAGCUUUGGGACAAGUUCAAGCACUUGAUGGGGCUUUCAAACGUCAUUCGGAGUGGUCAUGCUUCGGGAGUCGUGACAGACCAAGUAGGACUGAUGCUUUUCGACAAAGACUACUACAAAGGCUUCUUCGAUGACGACACCAUUGUGGCUAUCUCGAAGAUGGAGGGCGUGAAGAAGAUUGAGUAUAUGAGAAAGCUUGCAGGAAAUGAAAGGCGAUAUGACGACUACUUGUCUUAA